ACAAAAAAAAAAGAGAAGACGUGGCAUGACAAGGGAUGAAGAAGUGGAAGAUGAAACUGAGCAUGAGCCAGAAUCUGCACUUGAUUAUGAUGGUGAUGAAGAAGAUGAAGAAGAAGAAGAAGAAGAAGAAGAGGCUGAAGAUUAUGAGGAAGAAAGUAGAGAACGGCGAUAUUUACCAGUAUAUUGUGAAGAAGACGUGAACAACAACAAGAUUGAAACUAAAGUUGGUGCACAAGAGUGGCCUGAUGGUUCAAGCUAUAGAGGAGAAUUUGCAUUGGAUCUAAAACUUGGGUAUGGAGAAUUUGCGUGGGACAAUGGUGAGAGAUAUGUGGGGCAGUUUUAUAAAGAUCACCGUCAUGGCAAAGGGUUUUACUUCUGGCCUGAUGGCUCCAGAUUUAUAGGGUCAUUUUAUCUUAGCCGUAAAGAAGGCUACGGUAUCAUGGAAUUUAAUGAUGGAAGAAAAUUCCAGGGGCUUUACAAGGGUGAUGAGCGGUUUGGACCAGGAAUUGAAACCUAUCCAGAUGAUAUUCAAGACAUUGGAUUGUGGCAUCGAAAUCAUAUAAUUAAACUAUGUACGGAAAUACCUGGAUAUUUUACUCUUGCGGAUUUCCCAGAACUUGGUGUCUAUUUUGAUGCUGAGACCAGCAGAGAGUAUAUUUCAGACGAUACGCAUAAGUUUUGGGAUCUGAAUGAGGAGAAGGACCCAUUUUUCUACCACUACAAGCGUCUUCUUUUAGAUGAUGAUAGCUACACAUUGCCUGAAAACCUGUACAUAUACUCAACUGAUGCAGAUAAUCUUCCUCUUACUAAGACCUUCCUGAAAGACUUUGAUUGCCAGUAUUUUAAGAAAAAAAAACGGUUGGCUUAUGAAAAACUAUGGCCUAUAACCAAUAUAACCCCUUUCUUGGUCAAGAUGCAGAAACACAUCUAUAGAUAUAGGCAUUUCCAGAACGACGUGGACUGGGAUGUUAAUUUCAUUUUGGAAGGCUACCGGAAUGGCUUUGGAGAGAAAGGUCCCAAAGAGCUUGCUUGUGAAGAGCUGAUUAAGAAGGCAGCUGAAGGAAACUAUAAUAGAGUUGAUGAGAUUCUGAUGGACAACCUGGCCUCCCCAGAUAUAGCAGAUGUACAUGGAUAUACUGCCCUUGCUGCUGCUGCUAUGAAUUUCCACGAUGACAUCAUCAACCUUCUUCUUGAUAAUGGGGCUGAUGUGAAUAAAUGUAGUGAUGAAGGAUUAUCAGCUCUUUCUAUGUGUGUUAUUCAUUAUUUCCCAGAAGAAUCAUUUCAUCCCAACAUUGCUGAAAGGAGCUUCUCUCGAAGAGAGGCGAUGGAAGAAAUGCCAGAGGAACUAUCCCCAGGAUCUAUGCCAUUUUCACGGUCAGAGUCCUCUCAACCAUCUCAGCCGAGUACAGAAUUGAAAGUAUCCUCUUCUGCCAGCCAUGUAUCACCGGCAGCACUGUCGAGCUCUGCUGAAAAGUCAGAACAUGGCACAUAUGUUAAAUCAUCUGGGGAAUCGGAGAGCAGCACUGUAGAAAAGAGCUCUGAGACAAAUUGUGGAAUUUACAACUUCAAGAUUAAGGUUUCGGCAGAAGCCAUGCAGCGCGGUGCAGCUGCUCUUAGUGAACACAUGUUAAAAGUGCCAUACUUCCCUGACUGCGAAGGGCUCGUUCAGCAGGAAGGCACUCUGGGAAGAAUGGCAGCAUCAAUAACAGAACACGCAAAGAGACUGGCUACUAUCAAGUUGUUGCUCAGGAGAGGUGCAGAUCCCAAUAUGUGCAGAAUCCCUAUGUAUGUCCUCUUCUUUGCUGUUAAAGCUGCAGAUCCAUAUGCAGUGAGAUUACUUUUAGAAGCUGGAGCAAGGACUGAUAUACGACUUCCGACCAGACUUGGAGGCACAGCUCCUCUUCAUAUUGCUGCUGCUCUUCCUGGUGAAGAAGGGGUUGAAAUAACAAGCUCACUACUUCAUUCAGCUACAGAUCCUAACGUAAGGGCAGAGGAUGAGAAUGAUAUAUAUGGGCCUGAUAGGACUCCAUUCAAGAAUGAGCUUACUGAAAAUAUAUCUAUAAUUAAAAUGAAUAAUGAAAUAGGACCACCCAAAAACUACUACAAAGAAUGUGCCAUUAUCCCAGAGGAAGGUGGGAGGACUCCUCUUCAUAUUGCAUGUGAGAGGGAAGAUGAUUAUGAGAAUGCAAGCAGAGUUGUUCGUCUUCUUUUAGAACACAAUGCAAAUCCAAAUGUCUUGUGGAGUGGCCAUUCCCCUCUUUCUCUGGCUAUAGCUAGUGGAAAUGAUCAGGCAGUGGCUGAGCUUCUGGCUGGUGGAGCUGAACCAAAUCUCCCACUAGGCCAAACAGUUGGAAGUGCCCUGUGUGCUGUGGCUAACACAACAUAUGAAUUUAAGAGGACGCUAGCAAGUAAGAUUGCAUUGAUUAAUUCUCUAAUAGCAGCAGGUGCAGACAUGUUGAUGCCAAUUACUAUUGGGGAUGAGACAAGAACUGCAGUGGGAACAGUGGUGGACUAUGCACAUUUCAGAAUCUAUCAGGAUAAGAGAAUGCUCCAUACGCCGUACCAUGCCCUAUCACCAACGGAGCGGGAAACCUUCACCAGUCGUAAAAAGUUGUUGGAGUACCUCAGCGAACGGCUUCGAGAAUGCGUCACAUUGAGAGAAAAACAGUGGGAUAGAGAGGAAAUCCGAAGACUCAAAUAUGGAAGAAGGAAAUCUGGAGCAGGAAUAAUGGAAGCAGAUGCACCCAGAGUCUUUAAAUAUUGCUACCAAUGUGGACGAUCAGUUGGUGUGAACCUCACAGUAUGCACACGCUGUUUCGAGAUCUUCACCUGCAGCAAGAGUUGUAAAGUGAAGGCUUGGAAUGAGCGUCAUAAGAGAGAAUGUUUCCUAGAUGCUAACUCUACAGCUGAUUUUUGUGAGGAAGAAGAAGAGAGUACUUUGGAGGUGCGGAUAACCAAGUCUGGUCGGAUUCAGAAGAGCAAAGUUUCUCCAACGAGAAAGAAGAAGGAAGGCAAAGAGGGGGAGAGUGAAAGAGACAGACGUAGAAGAGAGGAGGAGAAAAAGAAGAAGAAGCAAUUGAAAGAUGCAACAAAACAACUGAAAGAGGCAGUGUCGAAACACCCUGAGAAGAGCAGCAGCCAUGCAGAUCUCCCUUAUACUGGGAACUAUAGUUACAUUUAAAUGCUUCUGCCUUUUACUGGUACAGCUCAGAUGUAAUUUGUUAUGAAAAAUGCUACAUAAGGGAGGAUGGGGGAAAAGGACGCUAGAAGAUAUAAUCAAAGGAACUUUGCAUUCUUGUGUCAGUACUGAAACCCAUUUAUAUUAUUUAAAGUGA